AUGGGUCUUGAGAUCUGCUCUGAAUUCCAUGCAGGAUUUAUACUAAGGAGUGCCACAAUAUCAGGAUUUAUACUAGGGAGUGCAAGGAGUGCCACAUUAUCAGGAUUUACACUAGGGAGUGCCACAUUAUCAGGAUUUACACUAGGGAGUGCCACAUUAUCAGGAUUUACACUAGGGAGUGCCACAUUAUCAGGAUUUACACUAGGGAGUGCCACAUUAUCAGGAUUUACACUAGGGAGUGCCACAUUAUCAGGAUUUACACUAGGGAGUGCCACAUUAUCAGGAUUUACACUAGGGAGUGCCACAUUAUCAGGAUUUACACUAGGGAGUGCCACAUUAUCAGGAUUUAUGUUAGGGAGUGUCAGGAGUGCCACAUUAUCAGGAUUUAUAUUCGGGAGGCUAGAUUACAAAGGGUAA